UGCGAGCAAAAAACAACAGGCUACUUUGCGAAGAAGGCAGCUGCAUGGAUAGCGACAACAACGACGACCAGGAUUCUACUCAUGCAAUUAUAUUUUCUUAAACCAAAAUGUAUCGUAGCCUUAUAAUGUGAGUACUGUAGCGUCUUAAGUGUUCUUCACCAGCUGAAGUGAUAUUAUUCCGUUCCUUUAAGGGGAACUGUUUGCAGGCUAGCUGGCUAGCUCGCUAGCUAUCUGCGUCUCUCUAUGUGCGAGCGUCUUCCGGCAGCAGCGGCGGCGGCAGCAGCGGUGCCAUGAACAGUGGACUCCCAGCUUCAGCUGCUCCGCUCGGGGGUGCCGGGAUACCCAAUGUCAAGGUGAAGUUUUGCCGAUAUUACGCGAAAGACAAAACCUGCUUUUAUGGAGACGAGUGUCAGUUCCUGCAUGAGGAUCCGUCCAUGGCAAGCCUGCCGCUGCACGGUGGCGGCGGUAGCCCCGUCCCGUUGUCCAUGGCCGGGGGUGGCGGGACGCCAGCGGGAUAUUCUCUCGGUGGCUCUGCGUCUGCCUGUCCGGGCAGCGGGGGGACCGGUGUGUCCAAGAAGAGCGAAACACUGGGUCCUGCAGGCACGUCUCUGGAGGGGCAGCUGUUAACCAUCCCAGGGAUGGAGGGUGCAACCCUGAGUGAUGCCAAUCUUACCAACUCUUACUUCAGCAGCAGCUUUAUUGGGGUCAAUGGGUUUGGGAGCCCAGUGGAGUCUAAAUACUCAAUGAUGCAGCGAAUGACUACCAGCAGCAGCUCUCCCAGUCUCCUCAACGAUGGUGCCAAGAACUUCAGCCACAGCACUCACGAUCCAGUGAACUCCCCGACAUCCUCACUGUUCAGUGAUUUUGGUGCUCUUAGCAUUUCCCAAAGGAGAAAGGCUCCUAACCCGGCAGCAAGUGAGUUCAUCCCUAAGGGAGCUCCACGUAUGGCCACCAUGGCUCAGUCCACUGUCCAGGCCUUCCCCUCGCCUCUCUUCCCACAUCCUGGCCUCAGCAGCUCCACGGCUGCUGCACUGGCUCCGGGCAUGUCUCUGUCUGCGGGAUCUUCCCCUCUCCACUCCCCAAAAAUUACACCACACACCUCACCUGCUCCUCGUCGGCGCAGUCACACCCCAAACCCUGCCAACUAUAUGGUGCCCACGACCGCAUCUGACCAGGGCACUCACAUAAUCCAGAAAGAGACUGUAGGGGGGACCACCUACUUCUACACAGACAACACCCCGGCACCAAUGGCUGGGAUGGUGUUUCCUACCUACCAUAUCUAUCCCCCCACUGCGCCCCAUGUGGCUUACAUGCAGCCAAAAGCCAACGCCCCGUCCUUCUUCAUGGCUGAUGAACUCCGACAGGAGUUGAUAAACAGACAUCUGAUAACCAUGGCCCAGAUUGACCACUCAGAAAACCCAGAUGUACCAUCUGAGGUGGACAGCUACCACAGCCUCUUCCCCCUCGAGCCCCUCCCUCCACCAAACCGCAUGCAGAAGACCAGCAAUUUCAGCUACAUCACCUCCUGCUACAAGGCGGUCAACAGCAAGGAUGACCUGCCUUACUGCCUGAGGAGGAUACACGGUUUCCGCCUUGUUAACACCAAGUGCAUGAUGCUGGUGGACAUGUGGAAGAAGAUUCAGCACUCAAACUCUGUAACACUGAGGGAGGUCUUCACCACAAAGGCCUUUGGAGACCACUCCUUGGUGUUCUCCUAUGACUUCCAUGCGGGUGCUGAAACCAUGUUCAGCAGACACUUCAAUGAUCCAGCAGCAGACUCGUACUUUACCAAGCGGAAGUGGGGGCAACAUGAACCUCCCCCACCACGGCAGCACGCAGGUCUGCUCCCCGAGUCUCUGAUCUGGGCCUACAUUGUCCAGCUCAGCUCGGCCCUGCGCACCAUCCAUACUGCCGGGCUAGCAUGCCGUGUCAUGGACCCCAGCAAGAUUCUUAUCACUGGCAAGACCAGGUUACGGGUGAACUGUGUUGGGGUAUUUGAUGUCUUAACUUUUGACAACAGUCAGACCAAUCAUCUUGCCCUAAUGCCACAGUACCAGCAAGCAGACCUAGUGUCUCUGGGCAAGGUGGUACUGGCAUUGGCGUGUAACUCCCUGGCUGGCAUUCAAAGGGAGAACCUGCAGAAGGCCAUGGAGCUGGUGUCCAUCAACUACUCUUCAGACCUCAAGAACCUCAUUCUGUAUCUGCUGACUGAACAGUCUCGCCUGCGCAGCGUCAAUGACAUUAUGCCAAUGAUUGGAGCUCGAUUCUACACACAAUUGGAUGCAUCGCAGAUGAGGAAUGAUGUCAUUGAGGAGGACCUGGCCAAGGAGGUGCAGAAUGGCCGUCUCUUCCGCCUGUUGGCCAAACUGGGCACCAUCAAUGAGCGGCCAGAGUUUCAGAAGGACCCAACGUGGUCAGAGACGGGCGACCGCUACCUGUUGAAACUUUUCCGGGAUCACCUGUUUCACCAGGUGACAGAAGCGGGGACGCCCUGGAUCGACCUCAGCCACAUCGUCUCCUGCCUCAACAAACUGGACGCGGGCGUUCCUGAGAAGAUCAGCUUGGUGUCUAGGGAUGAGAAAAGCGUCCUGGUUGUGACCUAUUCGGACCUGAAGCGCUGCUUCGACAGUACCUUCCAGGAGCUGCAGGCUGCAGCCUCUGGCUCUCUGUAGCGCCCUCUUUGGGCCCGGAGUGGGACUGCCCAGACCUGGAGCACACUAUUGCACUACAGUGGAGGACCAGGCUCAUGGAUAUGACAUCAGCAUGGCGAAAGCAGCGGGGCAGGGCUUCGUGAACCUCAGUCACAUACACUGACCCCCCAGGAAGGCUUUUUCUAAAGUGUAUUUUUUUUUUUAGUUUUCCUAAACCCCGCAGCUGAAAAUAGUAAAACAAGGAAAAAAAAAAGAAAAAGGACAAACAUGGAAGCUGUGACAAACGAGUAUGAUGACAUUUUUUUAGAUUUGGGGAACAAACGAGAAACAAACGAUGAAGUUUUGAACUUUUUUCCUGCUUUUAUUGUUCAUUUCUACAAUUGGGGUUUAUUUUUCAGAAGAGGAUGCACUAAGAUUUUAAUUUUUUUGUUAAUUUUUGUUAUUUUUAUGAAAAUGUGUGAGUGGCCUACAGGGUGUACAGAGAGAGCUAAAGUGUCACACACGGACAUAAAUACCAGAGCAAAUUAACAAUGAAAAAGAAAUCCAGCUUUUCUAUUGACUGUGUCUCUCUUCCGGCUGGAGACCACACCCCUUCAUUGUGACGCACUAGGAGACGGGACACACCACUCGAGGCUAUCAUUAUGGCGGGAUGGCACCUGUUUCACGAAAUGGGCCAGCCCACCUUUGCCUUGGUUGUUGGUUCCCCCUCAGAAAGGACAAACCACUUGGGUGGGUGGGAAGGGUUCUUAAAACUGGAAAAAUCGAUGGAUUUCUGACAUUUUAGUUCAGGAUAUUGUGGAACUUCAGGCUCAUAUGUGUGGGUGGGUGGGCUAGCAUGGACUGGGCAUUGGGGGGUAAAAUGUGGUUUUUGUUGGCACUGAGGAAGGGGUGUCUUCUCCCGAUGCCAAGUGUUUGUCACGUAUGCAGCAACCACUUUUGGUUAAUGGACGCUAUUGUGACAUGAACUGCUCAAGGAUGGAUCAUCUUGGUUUGACUGUCCAGCACUUGGGUGUAGCCCAUGGGUGGGGCUUUGGUUGAGGUGGAGCCACAGCUGCCUCUUUGUGGAAUGUCCUUAUUUUCUCCCCCGCCCACCCCCAACAUCCUCUUUCUCUGUCUCUCUCUUACUCUCCCCUCUUUUUCCUGCUUUUAUCCCAAACUUCACUCCCCACCUCAGGGGGUCUCGGCCCCUCGACAUUUGAGAAACAGUGAUGCUUUUUUGUGAUUUUUCUAGCUGGUUUUUCUCUUUGCUCAGAUAUUGUGCAGGGAUGCAUGAUGGGAAAUGGGAGGCCAAUUCAUUUGUUGCCUCAAUUCAACUCUUUAUUAUUCUGUGGACCAAUUCCAGCAGGGGUUUUGGGAAAGGGGAAGGGGUGGAGGGCCAAGGAGAGAAUAGGAUCAGGGCACCAACAAGUUUUGUUUUUUCGUUUUGUUUGACUUUUAAAGAUAUACAUGAUAUACAAACGUGCUGGAGACAAAGUGGCUGCUGGUUGUUGCACUCACUCGAAUGGCUUGGAUUUCUCUCAGGAUGACAAACAGCUGGAGGGGCCCAAUGAUUGAAUGUGUUUGGCUGUCAUUGGCCGCCCCCUGUCCAGUCAGACAGAUGAGCUAUAGUGGGAGUGGGUGGGACGUCUUCAGAUUGAGGUUUUUUGGAAAUUAAUAGCAUUGUGGACAUCCUGCUGUGAGGGAUUUCAUGUCGCCCUUAAGCACAGUUCAUAUUCCGUUGAUAAUUUGAAUCAAAUUGACUCAUUUCAGUGCAGACCUGCUUCACUCGGAUAAAGAGAUCAAUCCAGACUCUGUCAGAUCACUGUUCUUAAUUCCUCUGCCUUCGUCGUGUCUCAGAAGCUUUUGGCAAAUGCGUACCAACAUAAGACUGAAGACCAACAAGGUCACAUGUAUGAACCACACUGUCACAUGUGAGACAAAUGGGGGUGAAAGGCAUGAACAGUGUCUUGGCUGCAGCUGGUUGUCAUGUAAGUUGAUGGUCUGUACUCGGAGGCAACAAACCUGCAGGGAACCGGCUGUGUUAGUUCAUGUUCUACUUCCUCUGUUUUAGUGAAAUGAACAGGUGAAAACAUAUUUGGUGAAUGUGGUGCUUUAGAAAACCCUCAAAACACACAAACACACACUCAAACACCUUCAGAUGCACACACAUGCCCCCGACUCGGCCUACACAAUGUCAGCGCUCAUAUCACUAUCUUCCACUUCAUAACAGACACUCCAGUUAAUAUAAGUGAUGGCCAUCUUCUCCUCCCCCACAUCAACACACCUACAAUCACCAUCUUAGUAUGUUUUAUGCCCCUCUUGUGUUUAUUGUCUCAAAUUUUGCAAUAUUUGUGUGUACAGCAGUAUUUUAAUAAAGAAUACCAAAA